AUAUUAUUGAAAGUUUUAAGACAAAAUCUGAAUAUAAGUGAGGGUAUCUCUGUGAAGUAAUCUAGGGCAGUAUGGUGUUGACUUGUAUUUAUUUUCUGUUUCAGAUCAGAGCUGAAAAUGACCAGGAUCAGAUGAUAACCAGUGUCCCAAACGAGACAGAUCCAGUCCUGGAUUCACUCCCCAUCAAGGAAUUGGAGAAAGAAAUGUCCCAAAGUCCUGACUGUCCUCGUACAACUUCUUCAGCUGGCAACACAGAACAGAUCACAGCUGAAAAUGAUCAGGAUCAGAUGACAACCAGUGUCCCAAAUGAGACAGACCCUGUCCUGGAUUCACUCCCCAUCAAUUCAGAGGAAUUGGAGGAAGAAAUGUCCCAAAGUCCUGACUGUCCUCGUACAACUUCUUCAGCUGGCAACACAGAACAGAUCACAGCUGAAAAUGAUCAGGAUCAGAUGACAACCAGUGUCCCAAAUGAGACACACCCUGUCCUGGAUUCACUCCCCAUCAAUUCAGAGGAAUUGGAGGAAGAAAUGUCCCAAAGUCCUGACUGUCCUCGUACAACUUCUUCAGCUGGCAACACAGAACAGAUCACAGCUGAAAAUGAUCAGGAUCAGAUGACAACCAGUGUCCCAAAUGAGACAGACCCUGUCCUGGAUUCACUCCCCAUCAAUUCAGAGGAAUUGGAGAAAGAAAUGACCCAAAGUCCUGACUGUCCUCGUACAACUUCUUCAGCUGGCAACACAGAACAGUGUCAAAAACAUCACUUGAUGUGCACAACAGUAUCCUCUUUGGAGAAGUGUACUCAGUGUUUUGGACCUUGUGCUUCAUUCAAGUGGGUUGGCUACCAGUGCAAAGGUAAGAUAUUUAGUUAA